AUGACGAAUAUACUGGGCGCCCCUUUAAAAGUGAGUCCACAGUGGGUGGGGGAACAGUCUACCCCUGUUCCACCACCUCCAAAAUCAAAACCCACCUCUACUGACACCACCAAGCAGGAAGAUGAGGAGAUCCUAAACGCCAUCCUUCCACCCAGGGAAUGGACUGAAGGAACCCAGCUGUGGGUGCAGCAAGUGUCCAGUGCACCUUGUACAAGAACAGAUGUUAUUCACCUAGGGGAGCUGCUGGACACAAAGCUGCAACAAAGGCAGGCCAGACAGACAGGAAUCUGCCCUGUCCGCAGGGAGCUCUAUCCUCAGUGCUUUGAUGAGCUCAUCAGACAGGUGACCAUCAUCUGUGCUGAGAGGGGCCUGCUGCUCUCGCGGGUCAGAGAUGAGAUUCAAAUGACUAUUCCUGCCUACCAGACUCUGUAUGAAAGCAGUGUGGCCUUUAAUAUGAGGAAAGCCCUUCAGUCAGAGCAGGGAAAGGUUGACAUGGAGAAAAAGAUUACUGAUCUUGACGAUGAGAAACUGGAGCUGAAGAAGCAACUGAACGAACUCAAGUCUCAACGUGAUGCCAUUGAAAAACGAGAAACUGAAAGGCGACAGAUUGAAGAAAAGAUCCAGUUCCUCAAGAGAACCAACCUGCAGCUCAAGGUGACGUUUCAAGGCUUCAUACCACAGAAAUAUAUCUUCCCCCUGCACUUGUUCCUGUAG